AUGGAUGACUGUUCUUCUGUAUCAUUGAAAGGUGAUAUAGCUCCUUCUUCUUGCACUGUGGAUAAACUGGAUAUUCCAUCUGCAAAAAGUCCAGAUCCCUUAUCAAGUCAAUACUCUAAAAUGAGUUUCACUACCCAUCAAAAUAACAAUACCAACAACAAUGACACCUCUCGAAAUGAUAAAUUAGUUGCUGAAGAUCGAUCAACUGGAACGACUACUGAAGAUUUGGAACCUGCUUUACGACGUAGUAAACGUGGUAAAGGAAGACCUAGUAAUAAUCAUAGUAACAAUAAUAAUAACGAUGGAUCAUCAGACGAUCAUGUUCCUUCGUGUACCAUUUCUGGUGUCGAAUAUCGUACAGGUGAUUUUGUCUACUAUGAAGAACCGGAUUUUGAAUAUUAUACAAUUGGUUUAAUCGAAGAAAUCAAGGUAUCUAGACGUGAUAAAUUCUCUGUAUUCAUUAAAUGCUUUUAUCGAACACGUGAUAUACCGGAAAUUUCGAAACAAGCUCUUCCUGAUCGCGAUAGUUAUCCAACUAAUUCUAAUGUGAAAUUAAUUAGAGAUAUAUUUUCUCGUGAAUUAUUUGUUUCCGAAGUUCAAGAAACAUUACCUGCAAAACAACUUCGUGGGAUAUGUAAAGUUAAUUAUUUACCUGAUUUGAAAACUGCAUUGAACACAUUUUCCCCAAAUGAAGAUGACAGUUUCUUCUAUGUUUUUGCUUACAAUCCUGAAACUCGUCGUUUAUCAAAAAUUCGUGCUGAAAUACGAGUUGGUCAAGCUUAUCAAGCUGCUCUACCGGAAUUUCGUCAUCCUCCUCCAGCUAUUUAUCGUUUUUGUAAUAAACACUAUCGUUUCCGUUCACGUAGACGUCGUACAACCGUUGUUAUACCUACAUCGCAUAAAUCUGAUGAAGAGAUCAGUAGAGUUGGAGAUUGUCUUAGGACAAGACAUUCCUUAUCCCCUGCAUCAUCAUCACCUUCACAUAAUCAUUGUAAACAAAGACGUAUUCAUAAUAGUUCAACAACGCAUGAGUUAGCUAUAACUGACACAUCGAAUAAUGCAGAGGAUAAUGCUGGAUUCCAUUGUAAUACCAUUUCAUUCAUUGGUGAUAAUGAUGCUGAUGGUUGUGUUAAAGUUUCAUCGAUCAAUAAAAAAUUGGAAAAUAUUCAUGAAUCGCCUGAAAAUUUAGAUCGUUUCGAAGAUGAUAAUAUUAUACCUUGCAGAACAGAAUUAACCAUAGAUCUGUCAGAGGAUAUAAAAGAGAAUCUAAUAAAUGAAGAAACUGAAUCUAUUGUCCAAAAAUUGGAUCCUAUAAUGAAUACUACAGUGCAAAUAUCAAAUUUACCACCGAAAUUAGAGAAUGCAAAUGAUUUUAAGGAGACAUCAAUAACUGCUGUAAACACAGACUAUUCCAAUCAUCAUCAUCGUCGUCGUCGACGUCAUCAUCAUGAUCAUUGUAUUCACAGAAAAAAUUCAUACACUUGUAGACAAUCGCAUCGUCGAAAGCGAAGACGUCAUCAACGACAUCGAAAAUCACAAAAAAGAGAGAUACUUGUUUGGAGUCCAUUUGGUUUAUCUUCUGCAUUAUCUGGUAAUUGUAAAUUAACCAAUUUAAUCACCAAUAUUAAUGAUGAUGAUGAUGACGAUGGUGAUGAUGAUUGUAACACUAUGAAUACUGAUGUUGACAAUACUAACACUAUACUGAACAAUAUUAGUUCAGAUUUCAAUUCUAUGCUAUCAGAUGAACCAUUGAAGAAUUAUUUAGAUGCUGUUCGAUCAAUGGUGGCAUUUUUCGGUUUCGGUGGAGCUGAAGAUGAUUUAGCCUCAGCUGAAAAUGGUUUAGUUCUAGCUAAUCUUGCUGCAACAACACAACAUGCUUAUGAUACACUACACAAAUGUAAUUAUUCAUUGAGAAAUGCGUUACAAGCUAUAUCAUGUCAUCCUAUUGUGGCAAAGGAUACUCCAAGACAUUGGACAGCAGAUCAAGUUCGUUUGUUUGCGCAUGCUUUACGUAUUCAUGGUAAAGAUUUUUUUACAAUUCAACGAAAUUUUUUCGGUGGAAAAACAUCAAACAAUAGCACCACCACCAUCAAUAACAACAACAAUAUGAAUAGCACAAAUUUUUCUGGACUUUGGAAUUCAAAUCAAAUAGGAACUAGUCGUUUACGUGGUCGUGGUCGUCGUAAAUUGCCUAGUGUUGCUUGCCUCAACCCACCAAACUCAAAAUUCCCCAAUAUCAAAUCAGAUGAAAUCGAGAGUAGUUCAAUUACAACAUCAGUGAUGAAUAGAUUAGAUGAAGUUAAAUCAGAAGAUGCUACAUUUAUUCCAACUUCUGAAUGUUCACAUGAUGGUGGAGAAUCUGUUGAAAACAAUUUCGGGACGAGCUCCACCACAUUGAAACAUUCAAUUACUGGUGAUACUGGUGUUGGGAGUAUAUCAUCGUCAUCAUCAUCUGGAUUACCUGUUACAAGUGAACCAGUCAAAACUGUCAAAGAAUUGAUUGCAUUCUAUUACUAUUGGAAAAGAAAAGGUACAUCAUCUUCAUCACUUGGUGGUGGACAUGGUGGAUUAAGUGCAGCUGCAGCAAAUUUUGCAACAGCAGUAGUUGCAGCCGCUUUAAAUACUGAUAAUAUAGGUAUAAAUGUAAACAGUACUAAUGGUAAUUCAUCAUCAACAUCCACAUUAGCAACCAAGCAUGAUACAGGCGAUAAUUCUAAUGGAAAUCUACUCUCUUCUCAAACACAUUUCAAUUCUUCAGCUGUUAAGAAACGUAAAGCUACAAAUCGUGGUUGUGUCCUCACUAAACAAGCUUGGCUUGGUAUUAUUGAGUAUCGUAAAGCAGCGGAGUAUGAAUUACGAAGGCUGUUAACCCUGAAGGCUGAAAAAAGUGGAUACCAAUCUCAAGCAACUGUGAAUUAUCCAGGAUCAACGCAGAUCAGUGAUGAUAAAUUAGAGUCUAUUGGCCCUAACCUACCUGAAUCUGAGGUUGAAGAAAUUUCUGAAACAGCAAAUACUGGUGUUGAUGGUGUUGAUGCGCCUUUAUUGAAUUCUAUUGAUAAAAAUGAAGAUGGUACUCCAAUUUCUACAGGAUCAGAUGGCAAUACAGAUUCUAUGUCAACAAAUAGUCGACUAUGUGGGCGUUUAUGUCGAAAUUGUAGUGCUGAACUGACAUCAUCAGAAGACACUCCUCCACUGAAUAUGUUGGGACAAUUACGAUUUCUAUGCUCUGGUUGUCGAAUUCACUUACAGAAAUAUGGUGAAUUGAAGUGUACAUCUGAAAAAGAUGAGGCUAUCAAUUCACUGUCUACUGAUGUAGAUGCACAGAACACAGAUUUAUGCAAUAAAAAUCUUUUGAACACAACUCAUCAAGAUCAAAAAACAACAGUAAAAGAUAAAUUAUUUGAAGUAAAACCUUUGAAGUUUAAUUCCAUUCCAAAUACACCAAGUUCAUCAUAUGAAAAACAUAAGAGGCAUUUAUUUUGUCGAUUGAAACAUGAAUCUCAUCAUAGAUAUACAGAAUCACACUCAUGUCAUGAUUCAUCGACAACUGUGUCAUCACCAUCUUCACCAUGUUCAUUAAAAUCCUAUAUAGAUGCAUAUUAUUCCGCUUCAGCGUCAUCGUUAUCCUCUUCACCUAGGUCAUCACAAUUGGAGGAUUCUGAUGUUAUUAACUCUGAUUAUGAUGAAUCUAGUAGUUCAAUAACAAAUUCCAGUUGUCAAUCAUUUCAUGAUACCCAUAAUCAUGAAUUAACUGAAGUUAAAUCUGAGACUGAUGGUUAUCAUUUACAACGAAAAAGAAAGAGAUCACAACCAUGUUAUUCUGAAGGGAAAAAGCUUAUAAACGAUGAUAAUAGUUAUUUGUCUAAACCACCACCGAAAUUGGAUGAAAAUAUACAAAUCCCUUAUGGUAGUAUUGAUGAUACUGAUAAUGUUAAUGAGAUGUGUAUGAAAAAUCAUGAUAUUGAAGAGAAUAAAUACGGCGUUACUAGUCAUCGAAAUAAAUUAGAAUCAGAUGAUUUCGAUCAUCAUGAGAUGGUUGAUAAUAAAAGUAUUCUAUCGUCUUCUGGUAUUCAUUCAAGUUCCAAUUUCAUUGAUUCACGUGAUACAAAAGGUCAUAUUUCCAAUAUGUUAUAUUCCAAUAACAAUCAUCAUCAUCAUCAUCAUCAUGCUCUACAUCAUAAUAAUAAUGAUCAGAAACAGAAUUGUACAGAACAACAAUCAUCAUUUAUUGGAUCGAUGAUUGAAAAUCAUAACCAACUGAUGAAUAAUGAUCAAGAUGAUCAGGAUAGUAGUAGUAGUAUAGAUGAAUUUGAAGUGAAUAAGUUGAUGAGUGCAACUAAUGAAUCGAAACCAUCAUCCUGUUUUAUUGAUGCGCAUCGUUCUACGUGGUCACAUCUUGUACGUAUAUGGGAUAGAAAAGUACACUAUGCAAAGAGUACUACUACUGCUACUACUAGUACUUCUGCUGAUUCCUCGGUACAUCUUCAAACAAAUACUGGUACUUGUGCUAGAACUGAUCUAAUCUAUUUUGGCAGAGGAUUAGAUAUUCCAUUGAAUAAUCGAGAAUUUUGGAAUACACAAAAGUAUAAUUUAUAUACUAAAUAUUCUGAUACAGCUAUUGGACCUGGUGUUAAUACUUUUCUGUCAUCGACAGUAGCACCUCCAUCUCAACUUGCAUCAUCACCAUCCACAGCUGCUGUUAUAGAUCAUCAAAUUACAAGAAAUGAUGCAAUUAAAUCAGAAACAUUGAAUUUAUUUUCACCUACUACUUGUUAUGCUGGUGGCAACAAUAAUUCAUUUACCUCAUCUAUACCUUAUCAUCCAUCUUCAGUUAUGAUGCAUGAUACAUCAUCAACUGCUCUUGAUCUAUGUGCUCGUACUACAAAACGAACUUGUGCACCAUCAUCAACAUCAUGUUCCUCAGAACAACAACAUCAACCUCAUACAAAAACACGUCGUUCAUUUCAAACUGAUCCUAUUGUUAACAAUUCAUAUCUUCAUUCUACUGGAUUAACUAUGGGUCAAAUAGGCGGUAAUAAUACAUCAUGUCCUAUGACUGUAGCAUUGAAUACAAAUACAUCUAUUUCUCAAAUCCCAUCAACAGUAUCAUCACCACAAGGUGGAAUUCGAUCAUCUAUUAAUAAUAUACCGAAUCAACAACAAUUACAAACAAUCUAUGAACAAGCUUUAUUAUUUGCUGCAGCUGCUGCUGGUCACUAUCAACAUAGUCCAGUUCGUGAAGGUUGUAAAUUUUUUCCGUCUUACUUUGAAUUAAAUAAUCCAGUAAAACAAGCGCCUACUGUAUCCUCUCCAAAUCUACGCUUUAUGAAUCUAAACACUUCAAAUAACAAUAAUAAUAAUAAUAAUAAUAACAAUAGUAUUAAUAUGAAUCCUUUAAUGUCAGCUAGAUUAGGCGCUGCAACAGGAACAUUUUAUCCGCCUAUCUCUUCAUUAUCAUCAUCUGUUAGUGGUGGUGUUCCUUCAUCUUUCUCAACUUCAUCCUUAUCUACUAUUAAUAAUCCUAAUACUCAUGGAAUGAAUAAUAAACCGUUCGUUAGUAGUAGUAGUACUCCAUUCAACUUUAAUCUAACAGAUUCUCAAUGUCAAUCAACAAAUCUUUCAUCUCAUACAAAUAUAAUAUCAGCUGUUUCUACAUCUAUGCUUGGAUCGAAUCCUGUAUCCACUCUAGGCUAUAAUGGAUUGGGAUCUUCAUCUUCAAAUCCGUCUAUGCCGGGAAAUCCAUUUUAUGGUCAUCCAGAGCUUUUACAGCGUCAACUAGCCUUAAUGGGACUAAUUCCACCUGGUUCAAUGACUCCUGAACAAAUAUUAUCAUCUGCAUCAACAGAACAACGUGAGAUUGAUGCAUUUCAACGAUUAAUGUCUGAACGACUUGAAUAUUUAAGAAAUGCUGCAAAUAAUCAACAGCGUACAAUGACUCCAGUUGAACAGUAUCAAUUGUAUCAACAACAGCAACAACACCAACAACAACAGCAGCAACAACAACAAGAACUGUUAGCUGCUGCAUUUUCAGCUGAAAUGGCUUCACGAUUUGAUAGUAUGUCUUCGUCUAAUUAUCCUUCUCAUCAAAAUUCUUUACUCCCCUCAUCAUUAACCGGUUUAUCACAUUCUGAUGGAAAUGGUGCAAUGACCUCUGCAGUGAAUAGUAUUUCAACUCGACCAACUCCUUCUAUCCAAUUACCGCAUAAUACAACACGUUAUCCAUCGAGUAUACUACCACCUUCAAAUAAUCGUUACUCUCAAAAUCAUUUAGAUAUGCAUAAUUUAAGUAAAACACCACCAAUAGCACAUCAUAAUUCAUUAUAUUCUUCAUCAUCUCGUGAUAUUUUAACCAGUUCAAACACUUUAUCAUCUACUGGUGUAACAUCGAUGCCAUCAUUAAAUAUGGGGCCAUCACGUGGUUCACCACAUACACCAUUCACUACACCUAUGAAUCCUGGGAAUGGACGAUCAACAUCACAAUUGAAUCGUAAUUCAACUACUCAGUCAUCAUCAUCAUCAUCAUCGUCGGUAGCAGCAGCCACGAAUUUACAAGAACAAGUAUUCAAUGCAGCUAAAUUAGCUAUGAUGGCAGCUAAUAUCCAAUCUGAUCCCAAUAAAGCAUUAACAUUUGCAAGUUUAGCUGCUGCAGCUUUUGCUGAAAUGGCCUCACAAGAUAAAAAGACACCAUCACGAAGUAAUAUCCCAUCACAGCAUUCUUCUAAUAUUCAAGAGAAUUUAUCACAAAGAGGCAUGAAUGUAUCAACUUCUAAUGUGAGACUACGUUCUCCGACUGGACAAUACAAUUCAGACUGUAAUAACACUCCGAUUUCUUCAGGAAUACCCAACUAUAUAAAUCAAGGUACACAUAAAGAAAGACGACGUCAAAGUAGUCAUUUAUCAGGAAAUAUUCCUCAAUCACCUGGACCUACACAAUCAUCAAAUCGUUUAAUGUCUCCUGUACACUCUCAUUCAGAAUCUCGACCACUUGGAAAUAGGACACCUACUCCAGUAGCCAAUCGUAUGCAUCAGUUUCAAUCGAACAGUGAUCCUUCAUUUUCAGGAUCCUCAACAUCUGGUAUAUCUCCAGCACAGUUAGCACAACUUGCACAAAUGUCUGGACUUCCACCUGGUUUCUCAUUUCAGGAUCCAGCAGUGUUGAAUGCUUUUGCUUUGGCUGCAGCAGCAACAUCUCUAGUUGCUGGUGGUGGUGGUGGCAGCAGUGGCGGCGGUGGUAAUCACCCAGACAUGAUGCUUUCAGAGGCUAAUUCAACGAAUCUAACAGAUCGAUAUCGUUCGCCAAUUCCUUCACAGCAACGCUAUCAUACAAAUGCACACAAUCAACAACAGCAACAGCAAGCGGCAGCAGCUGCAGCAGCCGCUGCAAUGGCUAAUGCUUUUGGUAUAACCAAUCUACCAUCUCAGUUCAAUUCACGUUUAUCAUCAUCACAGCCAUGA